UCUAUAUUCUACAAUUUAAAAUAUCGUUGUGCAAACUACAACGUACCACAGAGUGUAUUAAUUUGUAAAAAAAAUUUAUCACGAUAUCAUCAAAAUGAAACUAUAAACUUUUAUUUAUAGGAACACUAAUUUAUAUUUAAAGAUUAUUAUAUUAGGAGGAAUCAACACUAUCGACUAUGUCUUUUUCAUUUGGUACGCCAUCGAGUGCUCCGGCAACAACGGGAUUAUCUGGAGGUUUUAGUUUUGGCGCUAAUAAGCCAGCUACUCCAGCUUUUGGCUUAACUGCGACAACUCAACCUGCCACUGGUCUAUUUGGAACUCCAGCUACAUCUGCUCCGGCAUUUGGCACUGCUACAUCAUCUUUUGGGUCUGCUUUUGGAGCCACAUCGACUGCUCCUACUUUCGGGGCUACGUCAAGCGCGCCUUCCUUUGGAGCUGCGACGAAUACGCCUGCUUUUGGGGCUACAACUGCUCCAGCUUUUGGUGCAACUACAAGUGCUCCAACUUUUGGAGCCAAUACAGCACUUUCAUUUGGAACUAGUGCUGCUCCUGCCUUUGGUGCAACCACUACUCCUGCUUUUGGCACAACAACAACAAGUCUUGGAGGUGGACUAAGUUUUGGUACUGGAACAAGUACAGCAGCAACAACAGGUUUAUCAUUUGGUACUAGUACAACAACAAGCACCGGUUUAGGUGGACUUGGUGGUUUUGGUUUUGGUACUGCUACAACAACUUCGACCGGGUUUGGGUUAUUUGGGUCAACAACAACUGCUACCACAAGUGCAAGUGCAUUUAGUUCAAACUUAGGUCUGGGGGGUGCCACGCAGCAGGGAACAAAUAACACAACGACAGGUGAUGGUAAAAGUGAGCCGCCAAAGCAAACGAAGUUGCCCAACGAAAUAUCUACAACAGUGGAGUCUUUCAAAGAGUUUGUUAAGAAGCAGAAGUCACUGAGUUCAGAUGUUAUGCGCGUUUCAAUAAAACCUUUGCAUAAGGUGGGGCGCGAGGCGGAGUCGGCGCUGCGCGCGGUGCUGGCGCUGCGCGGCGAGUGCGGGCGCGCGCGGGCGCACUCCAAGCGCCUGCGCGCCGCCGCCGCCGCCGCGCUCGCCGCCGCCGAGGGCGCCGCGCGCGACCCGCCCGGCGGCGAGCUCGAGGGCCUCACGCCGCCGCCCUACGUCAAGGAUCUCAUAGCGGAGCUGGAGCAACACCUGAUCGCGUUCCGGAGGCAGAUGGAUGUGGCCGAUAAGCAGAUGCAGUCCUCUCCCAAACUGCUCACCGAACAAGAAUUAACCUUGGGUAUACGUCGCAUGCACGAGUCACUGGUCGCUCUCGCGGGCAGGCUGCAAGCUGUCCACACUCAGGUUGAAGCGCAAAAAGAACAGUAUCUCAACCUCCGGAAGUACAUACUCAAAGAUCCUACCAAUGUCUUUGAUACCCCAUCACCAAGUGCAAGCCUAGAUCAAAUACUUCGUGAUGCUGAAGGUACUAGGAAGAAGACUAAGCCGGGCAAUGUUAGCGACAUCGGUCUGAGUAGCGCCGUACUCUCCGACCCUAGAGCGGCUUUAGGAAACAUUCAACAAUUGGCUGGUCCGUCGCCGUUCACGUACUUGGGUAGUACUCUGUCUUCAUUCCCAACUGGAGACAUGACCGGAUCAAACUGGCAACCUCAAGCCAACCCGCAGACGAAUCUUAACACAUCGCUAAACUUAAGUUUCGGAGCCUCUACCCAGAACGACUCGGGAUUCCAGCUGCAGAAGCCGCCCGGGAAGCGCGGGAAACAAUGAUAUUGGAGAUAAUAUUCGAGACAAUGGACUCUAUAGUAUGUGAAAUAAAGUUCAGUUUCGAUUAAACAAUUCGUUUUUAAGUGGAUGUGUUUCAGCGUUCUAGCUACACGUCUAGUUUGAAUGAAAGAAAUGAAGCGUGUGAAACUAUAAACAGUUAAUGGAAGUUAUGAAAACAAUUCGUAUUUGUAAAGUGGUAAAAUUUCGAUUUGAAAACCGGAUUUUCUAUUUAAUAAUGUUUUUAUUCACGUCGAGAAUAUAACAUUCCAAAACUGCCUAUUAUCCUGAUAUAGAAAUAAUAUGUUUUUGAAUUAAUUAAAUCUAUUUUUAAAUAAUGUACAAACGUUAAUUUUGUAUAAAUGUUAUAAUAUUUAAAUAGGAAUAUAAAACGAAGGUUUAGGUAAAAAGUGUUAUAAUAUUAAUUAUGUUAUGAGUCGAGAUGAUAUGACUAAAAUUUCGAGUUCCAGAAGCAACACUGAGUUUUCAAGUACACAAUUAGGGUAAUGUAAUUCCAAUUAUUGAAUGGAGUUAAAUUUUUUAAUGUAUAUUUUCUUGUUUUCAAACGUUUAGCUUAAUAUUGCUUGUAAGAUAUAUUUUUAUAUAAUAAAAUGUAUGAUAAUGUCUAAA